AUUGAUGGAGUAAACAUGGCGGAGUAUGUAGCCGUCGGCGACAAGUUUACGUCGCCGGGUUUCAGCCCGUCAAAUUAUGUUAAGGAUUUGGUGCAGAACUCAGUUCGGAUUGACGCCAUUCUGAGCGAGAGACAGCAGAUCGCAAAUCUUGCGGACGAGACGAACAACCUCUUGAAGAAAAAUGUCUACAAGAACUACAUGCAGUUCAUCGAAACUGCGAAGGAGAUCUCCUAUCUGGAGAGCGAGAUGUACCAACUCAGUCACAUGCUCACCGAACAGCAGAAUGUUAUGCAGUCCUUGUUGGAAAUUUCCAUCACGGACAGCAAAGGAUCCACAAACAAUGUCGGCACAAGUGAAAAAAAAGAAGAGGACCCACGACGAAACAUCUCAACCUUACUUGAGAAAGUGGAAGGCUGCACCCACAUCCUGGAUGUCAAGGACAGGCACAUAGUGCACAGCGGCGAGGUGAACGAGCUGAAGGAAAACCAGAGCAGCUCAAAGAUCUAUGCCGUGCUUCUGUCCGACUGCCUGGUCCUGGCCGAUUGGCUGCCUCACAGGCGAGGUCCAGUGCAGUACCGGUUUCAGGUGGCUUACGAACUGGACAAUCUGGCAGUGGUCAAUGUCUCCGAAGACCAAAAGAACACAAACUCCUUCAAGAUACUGAUGUUCCCUCACACACGGCUCUUCCAGUGUGAGACAGCUGCAGAAAAGAGGACAUGGAUGGAGAUCAUCGAACAGACCAAGCAGGCAAAGAUGGCGGCUGUCACUCUGAGAAGGGAGUCUGCAUUGCUUGACCCCAAGGGGAGUCUCCUUGGCGACGACAGCAAUCCUUUCGACGAGGACGAGGGUGAGGACGGGUACGGCUGCGAGGCCGCUUUGGUGCUGCCGGAGUGGCUCUCGGGACUUCCCGAGGACCUGGACGUCUGCGUGGCCGAGAGGGACUUUGAGGCGGCGGUCAGCCUGGUGCUCAAGACGCAGGAGCACCUGGCCCUUUACCCCAAAGCCAAGGCACUCGAAGAUAUGAGGCCCCGUAUUGACCACCGGGUGAAGAACCUGGUGGAUGUGCUGACCAACGAGCUGCACGUGUCUCCUGGUCGUUCCCUCCAGGGCGGUCCACGGGCAGCACGCCGGGCCGUCAGCCUCCUCAUCAAGCUCGGCAAGUCCUCCCAGGCGUGCGAUCUGUUCCUGAAGCACCGUAGCGGCAUCAUGAAGUACUCAAUGCGCCAGCAGAAGAUGGAGGGAGCCACUGCACCAUACAUCAAACGACUGUGCGAGCUCUUCUUUGCCAGCAUGGUGGACACGGGCAGGGAAUUCAACCAGGCUUUUGGAAACAGCAAUAGCUGUGCCUCGGCUUUUGUGGUGUGGGCCAGGGACCAGCUGCACAACUUCGUGAAGGUCUUCUCGAAUCACGUGUUCACCACCCAAGUCUCGCUGUCGGAGGCCACCGAGUGCAUCCUGGCUGUCCGCACGCACUGCGAACAGCUGUGGGAGAUUGGCUUGGAUCUGUCGUUCAUGCUGGAAAGGCUGCUGAAGAACGACGUGGAGCGCAUCAUCACUGACUCCCGAGACAAGGCCCUGGAAGCAAUCAAGCUGAGGGCGGCCGACGACCGCUGGCGGGCACAGAACCUCUACAAGAAGGAUGCACUUCAGAAGUUGAUUGACGACAUGGCCAACCUGGGCAUCAUGAACAUCUCUCAGUAUGUCUAUGAUGACUGCUGGCUGUCGCUGUCCGCCAACACCGUGUCUUUCUGCAAGACUUUCCUGAACCUCCUGGAUGAUCUCCUCAAGCUUCACACUCCCAUGACUCGGGUGCUGGUGACAGAAUCGCUGGUGACCACCUUCAGGGCUCACAUGCGUCACGUCGAUGCGUCUUUGGGAAACAAGAGUCUAAAGGCAGAGGUGGCCCUGAUUCAGAAGAAUGCCUGUUUUCUGCUGGAGACCCUGUUGGAUGUUGCAGAGAAGAGAUGCGAGGGAAAGUUACACCAUCCACUUGUCUUCUGGUCAGACCUGAGACAAGAGUUUAGUUCCUGCAUGGGCUCCAGGGGCACCAAGGGCUUCACAAAGUACCCAGCCACAACCUUCCUGUGAUUAUGAGAGGGUUGCCACUGAGCUUCCAAUCUUUUGCAUAAGCGGAUUAUAAUGCUGUUAUAUUUAUACUUCUCUCAGAGAAUAAACACAAUGAACUAGAA